AUGCCAAAAUCACUGAAUGAGUCGUUGGCGGAAGCCGAGAAACUCAACGACGGCUCUACGAAAGGCCAAAGGGAUUCCCUGACCAGUAAUCAGUCAAAGCAGGGCAUCACAUUCGCCGCCCAGGACAGGCUCCCAAAGCUUCCCAUCCCCGAGCUGGAAAGCACUUGCGCCAAGUACCUGGCAGCGUUAAAGCCAUUACAGACCCCUAGAGAGCAUGCCGAGACCAAGCAGGCUGUGGAGGAAUUCCUGAAGGGCGAAGGGCCAGAGCUUCAGGACCGCUUGAAGAAAUAUGCCAACGGAAAAACUAGCUACAUCGAGCAGUUCUGGUAUGACUCUUAUCUAAAUUUCGACAACCCAGUUGUCCUGAAUCUGAACCCGUUCUUUCUCCUCGAAGACGAUCCUACCCCUGCAAGAAAUAACCAGGUCACCCGUGCUGCAUCGCUUGUGGUAUCUGCAUUAGCAUUCGUGCGAGCCGUGAGGAAGGAGGAGUUGCCGCCCGAUAAUAUCAAAGGUACACCUCUUUGUAUGUACCAAUACUCAAGAUUAUUCGGUACGGCACGUGUGCCUACGGAGAAUGGUUGCCAUAUCCUACAGGAUCCGGAAUCGAAACAUAUCGUUGUCCUUUGCCGUGGGCAAUUUUACUGGUUUGAUGUUAUGGACGACAACUCAGAUCUCAUAAUGACUGAGAAGGAUAUAACAAUCAACCUCCAAACCAUUGUCGAAGAUGCUCAGCAAACCCCCAUCAAUGAGGCGGCCAAGGGUGCUCUCGGCGUGCUCAGCACUGAAAACCGGAAAGUAUGGUCUGGUCUGCGGGAUCUCAUGACAAGGGACGAGGGGUCCAACAAUGCAGAUUGUCUUGGGAUAGUCGAUUCCGCUCUGUUCAUACUUUGCUUAGACUAUACCGAGCCAACUUCUGAGGCGGACCUUUGCCAGAACAUGCUCUGUGGAACAAGUCAGGUAGAGAAGGGAGUUCAAAUCGGAACAUGCACAAAUCGAUGGUAUGAUAAGCUGCAGAUUAUCGUCUGCAAGAGCGGCAGUGCAGGUAUCAACUUUGAGCACACGGGGGUAGAUGGUCAUACAGUUCUUCGCUUUGCAAGCGAUCUCUACACCGACACUAUUCUUCGUUUUGCUCGCACCAUCAACGGUCAAGCUCCAAGUCUCUGGGCCUCGACGAGCCCUGAUCCGUCGAAACGUGAUCCUGCCAGUUUCGGAGAUGUAAGCACCACACCACACAAGCUGGAAUGGGACAUGGUUCCCGAACUUAGCAUUGCCUUAAGAUUUGCGGAAACGCGCAUCGCGGAUCUCAUCCAACAAAACGAAUUCGAAACUCUCGACUUCACAGCUUACGGAAAGAACUUCAUGACAUCGGCGGGAUUCUCACCUGAUGCAUUUGUUCAGAUGGCUUUCCAAGCGGCUUACUACGGAUUGUAUGGUCGUGUCGAAUGCACGUACGAACCGGCAAUGACGAAAGUCUUCCUGCACGGUCGCACCGAAGCCAUCCGGCCUGUUACUGAAGAAGCCGUAGAUUUUGUGAAGAUUUUCUGGAAUGAGAACCCACCGCAGCAGAAAGUGGAAGCUCUGAGGAAAGCCUGCCAGAAACACACGGCCAACACGAGGGAAUGCGCCAAGGCACAGGGUUGUGACCGACACCUCUACGCACUCUUUAGCGUCUGGCAAAGAGCGGUGGAUGAAGAUGGAGCCGAGGCUGCAAGCAGCAACGGGCUGAGCAGCAACGGAUAUUCCAGCCCGGUCUACGAGGGCUCCGAGCGUGACCCAAGCUCCGUUGUUGGGUCUCCCGGGAGGAACUCUACCAUGUCUGACGGCGACGAUGCUCGUUCUAUCCGCUCCACCACCAACAGAGCACGUGGCAACUCUUCGCCCUCCCGUGCCGAUGCCAUGCCCCACAUCUUUGCUGAUCCGGGGUGGGACAAACUCAACAACACCAUCCUCUCGACAUCGAACUGCGGUAACCCUUCGCUCCGGCAGUUUGGCUUCGGACCUACGUCUGGAGACGGUUUUGGUAUAGGCUAUAUCAUCAAGGACGAUAGGAUCAGCAUCUGUGCAAGCAGUAAGCAUCGACAGACGAAACGAUUCGUAGAUGCCCUCGAGAGCUAUCUGCUAGAGAUCCGACGUGUCAUCCGGUUGACGCAACGAAGGACGACCAGCCCGCAUUCCAGUCGCGCCAGGGAUGCGAGUCUGGAUCGACCCAAGGCCCUGAGCAGAUUGAAAUCGAGAGGCCGAGUCAUCAAGGCGGCAGAGACCGGCAGGAGGACGCCGGGGACAAUGACACCGAUCGAGGAUGGCUCUACUGGCAGUGACGAUGAAGGACUAGGUGGAUAUGGCUUCUUUGAUGCAGGAAUGCUGCUCCAGGCGCUUAAGGCGAGAGGCGAAGGGCCGGAAGACAACCCCAAGCCCUCGGAGCGCGCCAGCGUCCAAGCAAAACGGAAGGAGAUCGGGAAGAAGCUAAGACUGAGCGAGUAUUGA